CGUGCAACUUCGGGUAACUUCGUCGGUCACGUGACCACCACGGCGGCCAUGUAGCUAGCUGUCAUUAGCAGUUGGUGUGUCGCUAUGAUUUGUAGCAGGAUACAGUUUGUGAUAUUAGAGUCCUAAUCCGGUGUCGUAUUUCUGUGACAACGUAAAAGCAAGGUGAGGACCGGCUCGCGCAUCCUGCUCGCUGUGUUUCGUCAAGUUUGCCAGACGAGGAGCGCAGAACUAAUAGAAAUGCUAGCUGUUGUUAGCCAACAACAGCGACACCGGCAAGGAACUUGAUGACCUUCCCACUGUGGUACUCUGAAGAUGGAGGACCAUGUCCACUGUCUCACCUGCAUUAAUCUAAAAUGCAUGCUUCGGCCUCAGCCGGGCAUUUCCUGUGAACUUGUCACCUGCCCUCUGCUGUGUGGAGCCGUGUUCCACUCCUGCAAAAUUGAUGAACACCAGCUCCUGUGCCAGCUGGCGAAGGUCCCCUGCCUGAACAGCAGCUACGGCUGCCCUGCUACUCUGCUGCGCCGCCAAAUGACCGCCCACCUCAAUGUGUGUCCGGCUGGGGUAGUUUGCUGCACCAUGGAGUGGAACAGAUGGCCAGUGACCUGCCUGGGCUACACUUCGUAUGAGACAUUGAGCCGUGAGUUGGAAGAGGUGGAACAGCUGGAUGUUGCGCUGGCUCUUCAGGACCAGCGGACGCUGCUCGAGUCCCUCAAGGCGAUCGCCCUGGCACCCACAGAGAAGCCAAGUCAGAGGAGCAGGCCUUCUGAGCCAGAUCUGCUAGCUUCUGAUCCUGUGGAUUCUCCUUUAGCUGAGUUGCCUUCUGAGUCAUCGCAGGAGCAGCGAAUAGCGAGCUCUGCAAGGGAGAAGAUUGCCAAUGGAAUUAAUGGGUUGAACGAGGAGCCCCUUGGUUCACUCUACGAGGCCACGCUUGAGACUGCCAGAAGCUUAGCUGCUGCCUUGGAGUUCGUGCACAGUGCUGAGCUCCUGAGCAAAGACGGCGCUGCAGACAGGAAUGGUGUACCGAACACCACUUCUGAGCCUCAGAGUGUGUCGGAGGAGAAAGAUGAGCACAACCUAGACUCUUGUUCUGCGAGUGGAAAGAUCAGCCAUAGAGGAACUUGUGACCAGAACUCAAACACAAGUAGUGACUCCGCUGAAGAAACUAUGGAGGGUGCUCCAGAAACAGGUUCACAGGGUUCAGCGGGUCCCUCAUUGAUGGAGCCGGUUGAAGUCAUUGAUGGUGUUGCCCAAAAAGCUGAUCAUGUGGUUGUCCAGGAGAGAGAGAGGCUUCUUGAACACUAUAAGCCUGAGCUCCUGUGCCACACUCAAGGCUUCUCACGCAGUGGUCGUUCAUUAUUCAAUGCACAUCUUGGCUUCUUUCCGUCUCGGUUACUCAAUAGGAUUCGCCCAAAAAUGGAGGACAAAGCAGUGGAUACCGUGGACCUGGAGCAAGAGGAGGACUCCCUGGGUCUGGGAGAUAUUGAUCUGAUCACAGGGGACCUGCUCUUUAGUCUGGACGAGUCCAGAGAGUGUCGGCGGAUCUCUGACUCCGUCUGUGUGGAUGGGUACCAUGUAGACUUCGGCACACAGACUUUCACUUUCUCCACAGCGCUGCUGGUGACCAACACAAGAGUGGGCGACAUGGCAUCUGCCUCGGCCUGCGACCACGCCACACCCCAGCUCUCCUUCCCAGGCCCUUUCCGCACCCUCCGAAUGGGCCUCAUGCUGGACUCUGUGGAGGGCGACGCCGUCCCUUAUCACUACUACAUGCCAUGCAACCCCCGCUAUCAAAACAUGUUCCCUUUCGUCUGCGAUCAGCCGUUUCGAAGGGAUCAGUUUCCGUCCCAUUUCAGACAUGUCCACGCAGAAAUCCACGCCGGGCUGAGUGGCUGGAUGGAGUAUCGUUGCCCGCUUGCCUUUUACGGAUGCACAUUUUCCCAACGGAGGCUUUACCCCAUCUCCCCGGGGGGCAAGGUGAUCUAUGACCAACACCUGAGAUCAUUUGGAAUACAGCCAUGUACGAGUGACCUCAGCUCCGAUCAGCUGAGUGAGCUGCCCAUGGAGAUACUGCAACACAUCGCAGGCUUCUUGGACAGUUUCAGCCUCUGUCAACUGUCUCUGGUGUCUCGGACGAUGAGGGAGAUUUGCGUCAGUCUCUUGCCUACCAGAGGCAUCGUGGAGCUGCAGUGGGAGCCAAAGACAAACUCUGGCACUGCUGUGUCUUGGCAAGUCAAAAACAAGGUGUGGAGAUUCAGCACAGCCUUCAGCCCAGUGUCCAAAUGGGGCUAUACUGACCUCCCCAGCAUGUCGGACCACCUCAAAAAGUGCCCUUUCAACACAGCCGAGCACAAGACCGAACCGUUCCCUCUUCCGGGAAUGUGUUCGGAACAGGACAGUCACUACCUUCGUCGCUCCCUGCGUCACAUCAACAGUCGGGAUCCACUCGCACCAUCAAUCUCACAGUGGUACAACGGCACCGCGACAUGAACACCCGGCGCCCACCAAUCUUUGAAAGCCUUAAUCGCCAAACGUGCCGCAUGCUCUGGGUUUGCGUUUAAAGUCGCACCUUUUGUCUCGACGACGGUGGAUUUUCUUUAUCGAUAUGCACAAAAGUUCUAUUCAACAGUGGGAAAUGUUUUAGUACUGUUUUUGUCUCGAAGGAACUGUAAAGCACAUUCUGAAGAGCACUUUCACCACACCGCAUGGUGGAGCGGCGGUCAGAGCCACCGCCUUGAUAGUUUACAUGCUCAGGUUUACACACACGCACACACACACACAGACACUCCACGUACCAACAAUUGUGCGAGUAAACGUUUGUGUGCUUCAACUCAUGAACAUCAACAGUCAAAAUGAUCCAGCACUUUCAUUUGUUUUCCAAGAUCACAUUUGAUUUUGUCUUAUUGUGCAUCAAUGAAAAGACUUAACUUGUUUGUCGUGUGAUCAGCUCCAUUUUACAUGAUUUUGUUUUGUUUAGAACACGUGCUCUGAAGGCACUCCAUCAAAGCCACGCUGUUUAUAUCAGAUACCAUAUUAAAUAA